UGUUUUAUUCGAAAUGAAAUAUUUUUUGUAGGCCUGCUGCAUUAAAUGAACAAUGUUUGAGCACUCUGUCAAGGUGCCAAGACAUUUCAAAAUUGCUGCGAAUAUAUUUAAAAAAGUUUCAAUUGAAGGAGGUAGCGUGAAAACUUUGUUGUACGACGAUAAACUUCGCCACUACAGGACUAACGUGCUCUACGCACUGAUUAAUGAAACAAUCAAACAUGCAGCCGAGAUAGAUAAAAUAUUUGAAAGUUGUGGUUUGCUAACCAAAGAGCCUCGCUUAGAUCCAUGGCUGGCAAAAGUCCUCACAGCAGAAUUAUUAUUUGGCAAAAAGGAACUGCCUGGCAACAGCAAACCUGUGCAAACUAUAUUGUCAUAUAAAGAUCGGCUUGAGAAACACAACACAUUUGGCCAAGAUAGCUCCAAGACAAAAGUAAUCCGCAGACCACGCUACGUAAGAAUCAAUACAAACCUCCUAACAACAUCUGAUGCUAUUAGAGAAUUUCAAGAUGAAGGAUAUCAUUACAUGCGUUGCACAUCGGAAUCCUACAAUGUUUACCUUACCCAGAUACAGCAAUUGACAGAAUAUGACUUUACUCAGGAUUAUCAUCUGAAAUCAAUGUUUGUUUUUCCCGCGGGAACUAAGUUGCAUGAACACAAUUUGUAUUUGGAGAACAAAAUAAUUUUGCAGGAUAAGGCCACAGCAAUGGCGGUACAUCUCCUCGCUCCACCUCCAGGAAGCGUCGUGCUUGACAUGUGUGCAGCGCCAGGAAUGAAGACUACGCAACUUGCUGCUUUUAUGAGAAAUGAGGGUAAAAUCUACGCAGUAGAAAGGAACGAGAAACGAUAUCAGACGUUAUGCGACUUCGUUGAGAAAACUGGCUCGAAGUGUGUCGAAACACUCAACAAGGAUUGCCUGGAAAUUAGAAGAGGGGACUACGACGAUGUAGAGUACAUAAUUCUUGACCCUAGUUGCUCAGGAUCAGGUAUGGAACUCUGCGUACACAACUAUAUUGAAGAUACCAGACUGGCCAAACUAACAUCGCUACAGGAGAAGUUUCUUAAACACGCCAUGAAUGCCUUCCCAAAUGCAAAGAGAAUUGUCUACAGUACUUGUUCACUUUUCCCCGAAGAGAACGAAAGGGUUAUCACCAAUGUAGUAAAGGCCUCAAGAGCCAAAUGGAAAGUACAAGACAUCAAAGAACUGCUGAAAGGACAGUGGAACAAUUUUGGUUCUAGUAUGUACGGAAGUAUGGGUACUCGUUGUAUGUAUUCCAAACCUGAUUCUGAUUUUACUAUUGGGUUCUUUUUGGCGGUGCUUGAUAGAGAUCCUAAAAAUGCGGAAAGGAGACAAAAUGCAGAAUCUAUGACACUGUCUACUGAAAACAUGGCAACGAUUCAGGAUAAUAACGAAGAAUUGAAUGACGAUGUUGAGACAUACAAUAAGAAAAAAAAGAAAAAGAAACAUAUAGAUGGGAGCAAAGAAAUUCAAAAUGUUAGUGCGUCAGAUAUCAGUGAAAAGAAAAAUAUAGAUUCAGUGGCAGAGAACAGUGUUAAUGAAAACUUUAAAAAUAAUUUCUACGAAAUGCCAUUACACCACAAUGAGCCUGGAAAUGAGGAGCGCAAAAAAAAUGACAAACGUAAUCAUAAUGAAUCUGCUUGCGAUAAACCUGAGAGUGAGAAUGUUGAAAAAUCUUUGGAAAUAGAUAAAAAGAAAGAAAAGAAACAUAAAACCUUGCAAAGGGAAGAACAUGACUCAGCAACUUUUAGAGAAACUACCGAUGUUGUUCAACAGGACUCUAAAAAAAAGAAAAAGAAGCGUAAAGACGUUUCUGAAGCGAGUGACAUAGUAGACGAAUCUGAUGCAUUAAUUGAAGAACCUGCUGACCCGCCGCCGGUCCCGGAACCGACCCCUGCGGCGGACCCAGACAACCCACCGUCUGACGACGAGCAAGAAUCAAGCAACUGGCGGCCCUCCCGUCCCGCCUCACCACCCCAACGCCCUGACGACGCUUCCGAAGGAUCCGAAGCUCCACGUCCCACUAGAACCGAACCAGCUAGUCGAUAUGCAAACCUCAACUUUUGGAAAGCUCGAAGAGUAACUUUCUACCGAAAUGGGGACCCAUUCCAUCCAGGUGUGGAAUUCAGAUUCAAACCCGGUAGAGACUUGGUGUCAAUGGAUUCCUUGCUGGAUCGACUAUCUGAGAGGCUGGAAUUACCACGAGGAGCGAGAUUCAUCUUUGGAAUGGAUGGAGAUCGGAAAUAUAGGCUUGACGAAUUGGAAGAUGGCGCAUCCUACGUCGUGUCGUCAUACAAAACUUUUAAGGUAAUAGUCAGUGCUGUUUUGUAA